AAAAAACCCUUGUUCGGAAGUAAAUUAAUUAACUGGGAAUUGCAAUGCAUUCUCAUGGCUGAGUUAUUACGUUACUGAGGAAUUAGUUUGAGUCAUCUUUUAAGGAAAACCAAACAGCCUCAUCAGGAAUAUUUUCCAGGAGAGCCCGAUACCCUGGGAUGUUAAACCACGCACAUGUAAUGUAUAGAGGGGGCCCUAGCUAACAAACAGGCGGUAGUUCACACGCGUUGUUUCAAGCGAAACAGCCGUGACUGCUGGCGAGACACUGAAUGUCAAAACCGGCCAAAAGUUGAUUCUGUUGAAGUGAUGCUGCUGAUCCAAUCCACUCCCGAGAAGUCCGUUUCGCUCGCUGAUGGGAUGUGUAAAUAAAUACCCUAAUGUGUGUGUGUAGAGGGACAUUUAUGAGGAGGCGUAUUGUUUGAUUGUUUACUUUAAUUUGUCCGUGGCAGCAAACUGGAGUAUACUCACCCCUAAAUGUCCGCACAGAUGGGUUCACCAACCCAGAAUCAGAAUCUUUUCAGAUUUGCUGUGCUGCCAAGUGAUGAUCCUGGCGACCUCGCAGCAACACGGCGUGCUCUAUGAGUGUCACCGAUGUGCUCGAUGCAGCAAAUAUCACAACCCGGACAAACAUAAAUAUAUGGAUAAUGAAAUGGUACACAUGAAUAAUUAUAUAAUUUAGUCAAAUGGUUCAUGUAGAAAGUGCUCUUGCUAUGAUAUUUGCAGAUAUGCGAGUGCGUUUUAAGUCUUAGUUUUAAAUGUGCCGAGUCCGUAUUGUAUUCCUACCUAGUUAAGAUAAGUUUGAAUUUAAUAUUUGAAUAAGUUGAGACGACUCGAGGCAUUCCAGUGUGCCUGAGGGAACUGAACCCGCAUGCCCAGCCACUGAAUGCCCAAAUAGAUUUUGUUCUGCCGGAUAGAGGGGGUCAAAUGGGCGUACACUGGCUAGAGAAGAGAUGGAGUGAUGUGGUACAGGAGGAUAUGGAGUCUGAGUCGACUUGCAGAAGACUGGUACCAGCGGUGUCAAGAUCGGCUUUUGUGGAGGAGGCUCGUGAAGGACGCUGCUACUGGGCAGUUGGAGGCAGUCGCCCUCCAACAACAACGGAAGGCGGAGGAGCGAACCUCACAACAAUGAGCUGAGCACCGGGCGGCUAAAACGCAGCAAGUUGCCACUGUAGGGGGCAGAGGUGGUGCACCUGCCAAUCAUCUCGGUCAACCCAUGGGACCUGGGUACGUCCCGUGACCACCUGCCAGCAAGCCUUGGGCACUUCACAUGGCUUCAAGCCUGGGCUCAUGGCAGGCCCUGCGGCUCUUCACGCUCACCAAGCGGCAGUUCACCCUCGUGUUCGUCACCUUCUUCACAGCGCUCGCGCUCAUCCUGCUCAUCGGAAUCAGCGGCCCUGAAAUCACCGAGUCCCACAUCCUCAAGGCCACGGAUAUAGAAGAGCAUCCGGAUGACCUCAGGACAGCAGUGGAGUACCCCUUGGAGACUCCGGAACUCAAUCCGUUCAACCAGCAGCUCUGGCUGACCUUGCGCCUGGAGCUGGAGACACCGCCAGCCGAAGUGGUGAGGACGGAGCUCACUCUCACGGUAGUGCUGCUGGGCAUCACGGGGGAGAAGCAGGAUGAGCUGAUCAGCUACAGCAACGCGCGGAGCCACAACUACACGGUGAUCUGCAAUAAGGUGCCGACGUGCAACGAGCUGGUGGUGCUCCACCUGGGGUCGAUGGCCUACGGCCACUACUCCGCGCGUCUCCGCCUCCACGGGCUGGGUGACCUCGCCAUCCCCGUGCGCCAGAUCUACUUCACUUUCAUGACGUACAACAAGACGUUCACGCUCAUCGAGGUGUGGUUCCGCUUCUUCUUCGUGCUGCUGAGCUUCAUCAUCAUGUGCGUGUACGGCUGGCUCAUGCUGAAGGUGCCGCUGCUGGAGUGGACCAUGGAACAGAAGUGGACGACCGCCCUGCUGCCUAUGCUCGUCCUCUACAACGACCCGUUGUUCCCCGUGUCCUUCGCGCUGCGCAACUGGGUGCCCGUGCUGCUGGACGCUGGCUUCCAGGCCUCCUUCCUCGCCGGCCUGCUCUUGUUCUGGCUGUGCGCCUUCCACGAUUUGCUCCUGCAGCCCAACCGCCGGUGCUUCCUGGGCUUCUACUUGCCGAAGCUGGUGAUCGUGGGGCCCAUGUGGCUCCUGGCGCUCACCCUGGGUGUCUGGAGGAUCGUCAACGAGAACUACGACCCGUCGUACCACUAUAGGGUGGACGCCGGGGUGUUCCUGGCCCUCAAAGUGGUUUUCUUUUUCCUGGGCGGCCUCUACCUGUGCUACAUCGCCAUGCUCGUGGGACGCUCCUUCAGGCAGCUCAAGCAGACCAACUAUCACGGCAAGGAUUCCAUGAUACAGGUGCUCAUCCCAAACCUACGCCUCAAGUUCCUCACCGUCUUCACCUUCAUCGUCCUGGCCAUCAGCUUCGCCAUCCUCUUCCUGAGGUUUGGGAUUCAUGGCCUCCAGGACAACUUUGUCGCUGAGCUCUCCACGCACUACAAGAACUCCGCAGAGUUCCUCACCUUCUUUGCCGUGCUCAACUUCUACAUGUACACGCUGGCCUUCGUCUACUCUCCAUCCAAGUUCGCCGCGAGCGAGUAUGGCCAAGACGAGAACGCUCAGCCCAUGCUGAGGCGGUCGUACUCCCUGCGCAGCUCAUCCAUCAAACCAGGAGACGCUUUGGGAGGAAACUCUGCCUUCCCGCUCAUGUUGUUGACGGACGAAGAGGAAGUGUGAAGCCGGCGGGACGUGUGGUGGGUUCGUGAUGGCGCUGCACGCCCAACGGCGCAUCUACCACCCCGCUGCACACCAGACUAGCAGCAUAAUCACACGGCCUACGUGUGUCUGUGCCUAUGUGUGCGUGUGAGCGGUAGUGUAGUGGCUAGCACGCUCUGCUACGAACCUGGCGACCCGCGUUUGAUUCCCGCUCACGGCAAACACCGGUGACGAUUAUCUGAACCGGUCCUGAGCCUCCCCUAAAUCGACUCGGCCUCAAAUGAGUACCUGGUGCGGUGUGUAAACAUCGCCGCUAAGGAGACAAAAGCGGCCGGGCGUGGUGUUGGCCACCCACCCCCUCGUGUGCCGUGCCAGCCUUUAUAGGUGCUCGCUAACAGCACUUGCCCCUACAGUCUGUUAACGCUAUACGAGGGAUCUUUAUAUUUGUCUUUGUGUGACUCCGUGGCCAUACACGCACGUCGGCUUGUUUCUGGGCGUCUACGGCUCUGGGAAGCCCACAGCGGGCGCGCGCCUGUUGCGGUGUGGUCCACGACACGACUUUGUUCUGACGAGUCCAGUGCCGAGUCCAGUGGCCGAGCGCGAUGAGCUUGGGCCCUGGUGCAAGGGAAUGAAUGGGAUCCCCUGUCCAAUUCCUCUCUUCUUCGUGGCCCUCGGGCCCUCAGGCCCUUGGGCCCCGAUGCAGUUUCACUGCCUGUGGGCUCGCCAGCGGCACCGCUGGAUAACGCCGCCCACCAUCGCGCCACUCAGGCUGCCAGCUCCAGUCAUUCAGACGCAGCACUGCAUUAAACACCUCCUAGCCGCCCCCCCUCUCUUCCCCCCCCCCAUUAAUUAAACCUGUUCAUUUAAAUAGUUAAGCAGACAACGCACAUUCUUCCCGUGCCUGUCCCUCCACAUAUUAUUACACGUCGUUUUACAGGUCCCAUCAGCCGUAUGGCAUUCUGGGAGUGCAUCAUUUCAGCAGCAUUGGUUCGACACAAACAAACUCUGCGGACUGGUUUUCACAUUUAUUGUCUCAUCAGCAGUCAGGCUUCCUCACACCAGUGCUGGUGAACUGCCGAAUGUUUAUAGGCAAGCACGUGGGCCCUAGUUGGAUGCAAGACUAUACAAUGCAUAGCGCACGUUCUUUUCAUGUGUAAAGCGCAAUGUAUAAUUUAUAAACGCAGGUGCCGCAAAUAAGUAGCCAGCCUUUACAGGGAAGAUAAUUUGCACCGCUGGCUCAGGGCCAUAAGUAAAAGAUGAGCACUGCCCCACGUGAGAGUGGGAAAACUAUUUUGACUUUAAGAACCAAAGUGGUUUCUUGCUCCAGUCAGCAGCGUUAGCGGCGCGCAUCUCAUUACAGCUCUACGCCAGUGGUGUAAAUCCCCAUUCGUCUGAUGGUGGAGAGUUUAUUUAGAGGACACCCACUGUUGGCCUCUCUACGAAGUGGAGUUUAUUUUAUCAAUCCUACAGGGAUAAUGGACUGAGUGAAACCCAUAACCAGGAUUUGAACUCGUGAAGCCUUUUCUGAGCACAAGCUGAUCGCUCUCUCCUGCUAGGCCACCUCUGCUGGCUACAGCUGCGACUUUAAAUUGGGAUGUGUUGAAACUAUCCCAGAUAAACUCUCUCAAUGGAUGGAGAUUACCCCUUGUGAGUCAUUACAGAUAUCGCUCAAUUUACCAAAGGGAUGCGGUUCUUCAAAGAACACGCUUAAAAUAUGUUUUUAAAUAGGAACGGCUUUUCCCAUUAAUUUAAUACGAAAGGUUAGGGAUGUGUUUCGGACAGUCAUUCCAACUCUACUCCCAACCGAAAAUUUGACACCUAUAUGACUUUCCACCAAAAAAAUAACAAAGAACUUCAAUAUUAAAAAGAUUGACUAAUAAUGAAUUUAAAGCUAAAAUAAUUCACCUUUUCAGGGAACUCACCAAAAUAUCUGCUGCAUGUUGGAAUGACUGGCAGGGCGAUGUGGCGGCGUUACUGCUGCCACUGCAGGGACACCGUGACGCUGCCGCGGAUGGAUGACGAUGCAGCCUCCCGGGUGCUUCGUGAUUGAUCUCACAGCAUAUGUCGGAGUGAAAUUUAAUUCACCAAACGUUCAUAAAUCGGGGGAUACCUGUACUGCAAGAAAAUAUUUAACCAUUAGCUCCGCUUUCCAUGUCAUUUGAGUUGCCCACAGUAAUUGCUGGCAGCAUGGCAGCCACCAUCGAAGGGCAUCAGCACCAUUCGCCUCAUGCUGUUGCCCCCUGCUCUGCCCAGUGUUGAUGACGUCGCUCCGGCGAUUGUCAUAACCCAGCCUCGAUGCCGUGCAGCGCUCUGCUCGAGUGGCUGUGUGCGCCCUGACCAAAUCAGCAUAAAUACUGUACACCAAAUCUUGUCGGUGCGAAGCUAAGCAUGGUUUAACAAGCCUGGUUACUGCUUGAUUCGGUGACCACCGGCACCUUCAAUAUGCUGUAGGCAAUGUGCGAGGUGUACGGCAACGGAUUAUUGAAUCUAUCUGUGCAGAGCCGUGAGCGUUAUUCGUCCCGCAUGUGUGGGUGGGACUUCUCCGGCUAAUCUGUUUUUUCUCACACGCGUGCCACUCGUGAAUGGUAUUGGCUAACCAUCUCAAUGUUAUAGGACCCUCAUGAAGAGAGAGUGUUGAGACUCUGUGAGGCUUUGCUGGGCAAUUGGCAUGAUUAUAAUAGCACAUGUAGGUUUGUGGAAUGCAGCUGCUUGCCUAUGCAGUAUUCAGAAGCUCCGAGCUCGGGGGAUAACUGCUGUGAAUGGGAAAUUAACUCAAGCACACGCUAUUUGUUUCCAUUAUUGAUGUUCUCUUGACAAGUUACAUUUAUUUAAAAAUGUACGAGAUAACCUUCCCAACUAAUGUCCACAUUUUAACCCUUAUCGUACUAUAUGUAAACCAUUUUUUUUAUUCCAAAUGUCAAUACUGCACUGUGUCCCUGGUAUAUGGGGCGUCAACUCUGUCCCAGAGUAUCGUCCGCCAUGCAUUAUUAAAAUGUAUCAGAUCUGA